CUCCCAGUGCACCUGGCCCGAGCACUUGUCUCAUGCAUCCCACCUGGGCCGGUGGUCUGUUUCACCAUAGAUAAUAUACAUGCUGUUCUCUCGAAACAUCCCACCCUCGCCUUCUCCCACAGAGUCCAAAAGUCUGUUCUGUACAUCUGUGUCUCUUUUUCUGUUUUGCAUAUAGGGUUAUCAUUACCAUCUUUCUAAAUUCCAUAUAUAUGUGUUAGUAUGCUGUAAUGUUCUUUAUCUUUCUGGCUUACUUCACUCUGUAUAAUGGGCUCCAGUUUCAUCCAUCUCAUUAGAAACUGAUUCAAAUGAAUUCUUUUUAACGGCUGAGUAAUAUUCCAUGGUGUAUAUGUACCACAGCUUCCUUAUCCAUUCGUCUGCUGAUGGGCAUCUAGGUUGCUUCCAUGUCCUGGCUAUUAUAAACAAUGCUGCGAUGAACACUGGGGUGCACGUGUCUCUUUCAGAUCUGGUUUCCUCAGUGUGUAUACCCAAGAGUGGUAUUGCUGGGUCAUAUGGCAGUUCUAUUUCCAGUUUUUUAAGAAAUCUCCACACUGUUUUCCAUAGUGGCUGUACUAGUUUGCAUUCCCACCAACAGUGUAAGAGGGUUCCCUUUUCUCCACACCCUCUCCAGCAUUUAUUGCUUAAAAAUAUGGAACGCUUCAUGAAUUUGCGUGUCAUCCUUGCGCAGGGGCCAUGCUAAUCUUCUCUGUAUCGUUCCAAUUUUAGUAUAUGUGCUGCCGAAGCGAGCACAGGAUGGGAUUUGUUAAUCUCCCUUUUGGUUUCUGGGUUUUGUCAGGCUAGAAAGGCCCACCCCUUACUGGGGUCACACGGAUGGUCCGGGCCUCCUGCGGUUGUCCCUCCGCACAGCUGUGUCUGCGAUGCGUCCCGCCCCGCGUGCCUCCUGCAGACCCCUCCCCAGCCCUGCAUGACUCCUGCGCCUCCGCAGACCCUUCCCUUCCAGACCCUCUUUCAGGGGCGUCUGUGGCCCUGCUCACCUUGGAUGCUCCCUGUCCCAGUUCUCAGGGGUCUCCCUCCUCCGUCUGCCUCUUGCUGGCCCUCCUCCCGAGGCGCUCCCCCCAUCCCCACCGUCAGGUGGGGCUGUGGGUCCCCUCGUGUCUCCUGCCAGGGCCCUCUGCUCCCUGGAUCUGAUCACAUCUCUCAUGCAUCUGGAAGCCUCUGUGGCUCCCACAGCCUGUUGGGCCUGUUACGUCCCCGCCCCCCAGGCUGACCGGAUACCUGGCAGCCGUGCUCACACCUGCCCUCCCCAGACAGAGCACUUAACAUUGUUUCGAGGAGAUCUGCCCUCACGCGGCUCAGAAGCUGAACGGCAGGAGUGGCCCGAGCUCUCAGCCACCUGCCCCACAGCCCCCGGGCCUGCCUGUGCAUCUCAGGUUUACAGGCGUGUUCGCAGCGAAGCCGUGUCUCGUGUUCAGAGUGUGAGUCCCUGGUUCUUCGCUGAACACUGCUUCUUAGUGACCUUUGCAUGAUGGCGUAUAGGUAGCUCCCUCAUACAGCCCUCAGGGCCUCACGUCAUGACCCUGAAGUGGACGAGGAGGGCUGAGCGCUGCUGCGGCAGCAGGCCUGACACGUGUGCUGCGGCUGUAGCUCCUGGAGCCUUCCAGAGCAGGCCUGCUGGGGGCUGCCCUGCACGCGUGUUGUGAUGAUGGUGCCCUUGGCAGCACCCCCAGAUCACGGAAGGUGAGCAGGCCUUCCAAGCUCGCCACGCCAGCCAUCCAGCUGCUCGGCCCGGCCCCUGCCUUCAGCCGCUCACGGCUCCGCAGCCUGUCCCCCCGCGGCCAGCGCCACCCGUGCCCCCUGGGCCCGCCAGGUGGACCCAUCACGGGGCCAACACAGGGUCCGGGCACCAUGCCCUCUUCCUCGCAGAGCCCAGCCUGUGCCUGCACUAAGGCCUGUGCCCCUCGCCCCACCCAGGGCCCCCCAGAGCUGUACGGCCAGACAAGGGUUAGGAGUCAGGCCCUGUCUUGGGGCCUCGGCCCCGUGCCCGAGCAGCACUGACCCGAGGCCUCCCUCCAGGUUCCGGCUGUCGCCCUGGAAACAGACCCGGCGGGUGUGCAGAGGGCGGGGACGAGCGGCACCCCCGGCAGACUCGUGCCCUCGGCAGCUGGCCGUGAGGCGGGGAUUGGCGGUGUCCCAGGUGAGCUGAGCAGGGGGCCGGGAGGCCAGAGCUGGGGUGGGAUCGGGGGAGUCCUGCCUCCCAGUCCCUGCCUGCAACCGGGAGGGGUCAGCUCUGUCUCAGGGUUUUUUCCAUGGAGCCCUGGCCCCACGGCCUCCCCUGCUGAGGGCGCGUCUCUGUGUGACUCUGCAGGUGGUGCCUCACACCUCACCCUUCCCAGAGCCAGGAGCACGCCUGCCCCACCAUUUGCUCUUGUCGAUAAAGCCACAGGGACCAGCCCCAGCAGCCAGAAUGUGAAGCCCCAGAACCUGAGGGAAGGUGGGCACCCUCCCUCCCCAACUUCUCCUUCUCUGCAGGUCACGCACCCCCGCAGGUCAUGCCCCCGCCGCCCACUCUGGCACUGGGCUCUUGCUGUGACCCUGAUUCUCACACAGAUGCUGGGCAUGCACGUGAGGCAGCCUGGGGGAGUCUCAGCAGGACACCAGGGUUCAGGCCUGGCCUCAGUUUCCCAGGUGGAGGGUGGAGACACUGGAGCAGGGUGUCUGUGGGUGUGGAGGGGCCCCUGAGGCACUCAGGCUGGGCGUGGAUCUGUCCACGCUGAGGGCCCAGGGCCACUCCCAACAGACUCUGAGGCCUUCCGGUGGUGCUGGCUCAGAGGAGGGGGGCAUUCUCCGUGGUCCUUCCAGAAAGCUCCUCCCACCUCGUCCCACACCCCAGGCGUGGAGCUGAGAACUGGAAAAAUUGUGCAGAUUAUCUCUGACAUUCCAGGGAGGCUUGGGGCAGGAUUUGUGGAUGGAGGCUGCAGCUGCCCUGCUCAGCCCCCCUCAGCCUGGGUGUCGUGAGGUGGUCAGUUGCCGGGACUCUGCUGAGCUGUGCUGGCCUCUGUGGCUCAGUCAGGAGUAAGUCUUCGGCUCCAGGGGGCUGUUCCUGGACUAUGGCUGGGGGAGGUGGCAGAGAGGGCAGAAGCUGUGUGGGGGAGUGGGCAGAGAGCUCAGACUCAGCCCGGGCGGGGCUGGGCACUGUGCUGCCCUCCUGGAGAUGCUCCCAGGAUGGACACCCACUGCCCGGGGUCCCUGGACGCCAAUGGGUCAUCUUUCUCUCUGGGGAGGCCGCCCAGAGGCCCAAGGUCACACUGAGACUGGCCUCAGGCAGCUUCCUGCAAGGAGCACUGCUGAAGGAACCCAGAGGGGACCUGGGGAUUCAGGCAGGUGGGCCCCCAGAGUGGGGUGAGUGCCCAGCUCCACCACUGCAGCCCAGCAGGCCGACAGCAUCUCCAGCACGCACUGCCUGGCGAGGGUGUGGGGCCCACAGAGAGCGGGUCUCUGUCGAGCCCCCGUCCUUCCUGCCCCCCUGGGCAGUAGGGGUAGGGCGGGGGCGAGGCCCAGGCAGAAGGCAGCCAGCCUUGCUCCUUCCUAUGGUCUCGUGGGGCAGGCUCUUGAGGCUGGCCUCCCUGGCAGGCCCCGAGGCCAACUCCAGAGAGAUGCACGUCCCACAGGUGGGCAGGAGGGGGUGCUCAGUCUCUCCAGGGAAGCAUGAGGGACCUGUAAGUGGCCAGCAGGGAGGCAGAAAGCCCUGCCACACCUGGGUCUGGCUGGGGCCUCAUGGGCGGGGAGCAGGCAGAGGCAGGACACGGGGCACCAGGAGACCCAGGCAGGCAGUCUGGGCCUGGGCAGCUUCUGUGCCGGCCCUGCAGUCGGCAGAGCUGGCCAGCAGGGGGCGGGCUGCCCGGAGCAGGGGUGCUACCUGGAAAGCUCUUUCCUGGCCUCACUGGUCCCCCAUCCUGUCCCCAGGAAGCCUCUGAGGCCAGGCUAGCAGAGGGAAUAGUGGAGUGCCAGCCAAGUCCAGGGCCAGGUUGACCCAAGAAGUGAGGCUCUGGGUACACUGGGGGUCCCCAGGCUGGAGAGGCCUGACCUGACCUGACCUGGCCCAGGACGGUUUCCUUCCAGAAGGAAGUGGCACUCAGUAGUACAAGUCUGGUCAAAGGAAGGCUGGUCAGUCUCCAGAUGGCCAUGAGGUCUGUCCGAGUGGGAAGGGGGCCUCUUGGUGGGCAGGCUGAGCUGCGGGGGCACCUUCUAGGUGGGGCCUGGCCACGGCCUCCUGAGCAGUGUCCUGAGACCAUGCCCUGUGACCACACUAGGCGUGCUGGGCAAGACAGUCCAUGGUGGGGACUGUGGGGCUGUGCCGCAGCCCAGCUGCUUGCCCGGCUAUCUGUCCCGACAGCUCCCAGAUCAGGCAGGCCACUGUGCUCAUGUUCACCCAAGCAAGGCUUGCAUGUAGCCCAGGACAGCUGAGGGGGGAUUGAGUGGCCUGAACUAGAAAGCCUGGCAAGGAAGAGGCCCAGACUCGGGCGGUGAGCAGCUCAUGGCCAGCACAGGCCAUGCCCUCCACCCUCUGCAGCCAAGGAGCAGGGUGGCCUGGGCGCCCUCAGGAGUCUGGCAGAGCUGCAGGAGAAAGUGAGCUUGCCUAGCCCAGCCCGAGGGCAGACGGGUCAAGGGCCAACAUGGGGACUUGAGGGGCCGCCUGGCCAGAGGCCUGCUGUGAGCGGGUGUGCUGUCUGUCUGCUCUUUUCUCUGAGCUGCAGAGAAAUGCUGAGUGUGGGGCCAGAAAGUGGGCCGCACAAGGUUUUCUUGCAGGGUGGGGCUCUGGGGGGCGGGGUGGCCUGUCCCCAUCCAGCCCUGAUGACUUCCUACUUCCUCCUCUCAGGCCGGCAGGAGGGAGCACCUGCGUGUGCAGCUCGGCCGCUGGCUACUCCAAAGGGGGCCCUUCCUGAAGACAGUUGCCGGGCCCUGGGUGCCCUGCCUGCCUAGAGAGCAUCAGCCCCAGGCGCCGGGGACCAGGACACCCGGACUCUGGACACACACCCGCCCAGCCCUCCCUCCUGCCGCACCUCCUCUUAGCACUGACACCCGGAAGGCUGGGGGUGCUGGGGGGUGGCGGGGGAGGAAGGCCCGGCCAUGGCUGCCCCUGGACCCCACCUGGUCUCCUAAGACUGGAAGGCAAGGGCUCUCUGGGCUCCCAGGGGUGUGUGCCCUGCCCUGCCCUGCCCUGCCCCGCCCCUGCGUGAGGAGCCGGGAGCUGCAGCCUUGUCAUCUAGGUGAUUAGCUUCAGACCCUGGACUGACACUGGCCAGGUCCCGCCUGCUUCCUGCAGGGUGUCCUCCUGACCCCACGCGGGUGGAAGGCCCUGCCCAUCGAGCAGCCAAGGUGCUCGGGCCCCGGGAGGCGGGCUGUAGGUGCCCUCCCACGCCGCCUUUCUGCCUGGGGCCCGUGGCCCUCACACCUGUCCUGGCCUGGUCACAGCGUGGGGCCUCCUGACCCAGCCUUGCCAGGCACAGAGGCCACGAACCUCGGGAGGGGAUGCCCCUGAGGGAGCCAGUCCAGCCAGCUGCCCCCCACCUCAGGCCCAGCCUGGCCCCUGUGCUGCCCCGGUUGGUGCCCCCCGCACCCCCCCUGGCAGGCAGCCCCCGCCAUGGCCGAGCACCUGGAACUGCUGGCAGAGAUGCCCAUGGUGGGCAGGAUGAGCACGCAGGAGCGGCUGAAGCACGCCCAGAAGCGACGGGCCCAGCAGGUGAAGGCGUGGGCCCAGGCUGAGAAGGAGGCCCAGAGCCGCAGGGGCCCGGGGCAGCCGCCACAGGGCGCGGUGCGAAAGCGCGUGCUCUUCCCGCCCAGCGUCACCCUCCUCGAGGCGGCUGCCCGGAAUGACCUGGAAGAAGUCCGCCAGUUCCUCGAGAGCGGGGUCAGCCCUGACCUGGCCAAUGAAGAUGGCCUGACGGCCCUGCAUCAGAGCUGCAUCGACGACUUCCGGGAGAUGGUGCAGCAGCUCCUGGAGGCUGGGGCCCGGGUCAACGCCCGCGACAGCGAGUGCUGGACACCGUUGCACGCCGCAGCCACCUGUGGCCACCUGCGCCUGGUGGAGCUGCUCAUUGCUCGCGGUGCCGACCUCCUGGCAGUCAACACGGAUGGGAACAUGCCCUAUGACUUGUGUGAGGAUGAGCAGACACUAGACUGCCUGGAGACAGCCAUGGCCAGCCGCGGCAUCACCCAGGACAGCAUUGAGCAGGCCCGGGCCCUGCCGGAGCUGCACAUGCUGGAGGACAUCCGGAACCUGCUUCAGGCGGGGGCCGACCUCGACGUCCCCCAGGACCACGGGGCCACGCUGCUACACAUCGCUGCAGCCAACGGGUUCAGCGAGGCGGCCGCCCUGCUGCUGGACCACCAGGCCAGCCUGAGCGCCAAGGACCGUGACGGCUGGGAGCCACUGCAUGCGGCAGCCUACUGGGGCCAGGUGCGCCUGGUGGAGCUGCUUGUGGCACACGGGGCUGACCUGAACAGCAAGUCCUUGAUGGACGAGACGCCUCUCGACGUGUGCGGGGACGAGGAGGUGCGCGCCAAGCUGCUGGAGCUGAAGCACAAGCAUGAUGCCCUCCUGCGUGCCCAGGGCCGCCAGCGCUCCCUGCUGCGCCGCCGCACCUCCAGCGCCGGCAGCCGCGGGAAGGUGGUGAGGCGGGUGAGCCUGACCCAGCGCACCAGCCUGUACCGCAGGGAGCACGCCCAGGAGGCCAUCGUGUGGCAGCAGCCCCCGCCUGCCAGCCCCGAGCCGUGGGAAGAGGAUGAGGACCGCCAGACCGACACAGAGCUCCAGCCGCCGCCCCUGGAGGAGGAGGACCCUGAGGAGGCCAGGCCGCACAAUGGCCGAGUGGGGGGCCCCCCGGGACGGCACCUGUACUCCAAGCGGCUGGACCGGAGCGUCUCCUACCAGCUGAGCCCCCUGGAGAGCGCCUCCCCCGAUGCCCUGGUGCGCGCCAAGGCCCACCACACCCUGGCAGAGCUCAAGCGGCAGCGGGCAGCUGCGAAGCUGCAACGACCCCCAGCUGAGGGGCCCGAGGCUGCUGAGGCUGGCCUGCCUGUGGACACUGAGACCCCCCAGCCGGAGAGUGGCUGUGGGGCGAGUGGAGACCCGCCCCUGCUGAAACUCACAGCCCCCUCAGAGGCGGCCCCUGUGGAGAAGAGACCGUGCUGCCUGCUCAUAGUCAUGGCCCUGAGGGCAGGUGAGCACAGCCAGGAGGCAGCAAAUGGGCUGAAGGAGAAAGUGCUGACACUGGACUCCAUGAAUCCUUGUGUCCGGAGGGUGGAGUACGCGGUGCGAGGCCCCAUCGUGCAGCGGGCGCUGGAGCUGGAGCAGGAGCUGCGCCAGGGCGUAAAGAAGCCCUUCACUGAGGUCAUCCGUGCCAAUAUCGGGGACGCACAGGCCAUGGGGCAGAUCCCUAUCACCUUCCCGCGCCAGGACGCCAAGAGGAAGGCAGAACACAUCUUGCAGGCCUGUGGGGGCCACAGCCUGGGGGCCUACAGCAUCAGCGCUGGUGUCCAGAUGAUCCGCGAGGACGUGGCGCGGUACAUUGAGCGGCGCGAUGGAGGCAUUCCCGCUGACCCCAAUAACAUCUUCCUGUCCACGGGGGCCAGCGAUGCCAUUGUGACGGUGCUGAAAUUGCUGGUAACCGGCGAGGGUCGCACGCGCACGGGCGUGCUCAUCCCCAUCCCUCAGUAUCCACUCUACUCCGCCGCGCUGGCCGAGCUCAACGCGGUGCAGGUGGACUACUACCUGGACGAGGAGCGUGCCUGGUCGCUCGACGUGGCCGAGCUGCGGCGUGCGCUGGGCCAGGCGCGUGACCACUGCCGCCCCCGCGCGCUCUGUGUCAUCAACCCCGGGAACCCCACCGGGCAAGUGCAGACCCGCGAGUGCAUCGAGGACGUGAUCCGCUUCGCUUUUGAGGAAAGGCUUUUCCUACUGGCCGAUGAGGUGUACCAAGACAAUGUGUACGCCGAGGGCUCGCAGUUCCACUCGUUCAAGAAGGUGCUCACGGAGAUGGGGCCACCGUACGCGGCGCGACAAGAGCUCGCCUCCUUCCACUCGAUCUCCAAGGGCUACAUGGGCGAGUGCGGCUUCCGUGGCGGCUACGUGGAGGUGGUGAACAUGGACGCCGCGGUGAAGCAGCAGAUGCAGAAGCUGCGGAGCGUGCGGCUGUGCCCGCCCACCCCGGGCCAGGUCCUGCUCGACGUGGCUGUCAGCCCGCCCGCGCCCUCCGACCCCUCCUUCGCGCAGUUCCAGGCGGAGAGGCGGGCGGUGCUGGCCGAGCUAGCGGCCAAGGCCAAGCUCACGGAGCAGGUCUUCAACGAAGCUCCCGGCAUCCGCUGCAACCCGGUUCAGGGCGCCAUGUAUUCCUUCCCGCGCGUGCAGCUGCCCCCGCGUGCGGUGCAGCGCGCUCAGGAGCUCGGCCUGGCUCCCGACAUGUUCUUCUGCCUGCGCCUCCUAGAGGAGACUGGCAUCUGCGUGGUGCCUGGGAGUGGCUUCGGACAACGGGAAGGCACCUACCACUUUCGGAUGACUAUUCUGCCCCCCAUGGAGAAGCUGCGGCCCCUGCUGGAGAAGCUGAGCCAGUUCCAUGCCAAGUUCACCCGCGAGUACUCCUGAGGACCCGUCAGAAGCCAGGGCCGGCCAGAAGGGAUGACCUCCGACUGAGGGCACUUGGCCCUGGGGCCUCUGGAGCCUCUGGACUUGCUGCUGCUGCCUGUGUGGCAGAGCCCCUGCCCCUCCGCAGGCCCUAAUAAAGCAAUGGGCUGGCCGGGCUGCUUGGAGGCCAUGUGUGUGCACCUUCGCAGCCUCGUCCACUCCUGACUGCC